CCAAGCUGGCUGAAUAUGUCGGAAGCCAGCAGUCGUCGCCGUCACCGCCGCGGCCACGACUACGACGCCGCGCAUGAAAUGGCCCGCCUAUACGUGUUGCUUCAGCUGUUCGUAGCACCGCUAACUGUGCUGGCAUUGGAUCUAACCGGCGGCCUUUCGGCAGAGGAGUGCCUCGCGCGUGGAUUUAGGAAACCUGAUUUGAUAUGCUCGUCGUGUAGGAUUUUGCCAAAUUUUGAUCUCGACUUUCUUAAAGAAGACUGCAACAAGUGCUGUGUGCAAACCGAGGAGCGGGCCACUGCAAAGGCAUUUGAAAGAAAGAGGUAUGCCCGUGCUGUGCUGGAAGUAUGCGCAUGCAAGUUUGGACAUAUGCCUCAGAUUGAAGCAUUUUGUCGUGGACCCAAGCCAAAGCAAUUUCCGAACCUGACCAUCAAGUACCUAAGAGGUGCUGAUCCUAUCAUCAAGCUCUAUGAUGAAAGUGGAGAAGUACAAGAGGAACUCAGCAUUAAGAAGUGGGACACGGACACGAUCGAGGAAUUUCUGUUUGAGCACUUAGCUCCGUGACACGGCUUGGGAGACUCUGUAAAGAAUUUUCUGUAGAUAGGCACGAGGGGGGUGUGAAAAAUUGCGCUAACAGUUGAACCAUGGAUUCCUCCUGUAGGCUACCUUUUUAAUGCUGCUUUUGCAGUAAGUGCCGACACUUUUUUAGGGCACAUGCUGCUUCAAAAUAUUUCUGAGCUGUUUUUAUGCCAUGUGCUUGCAGUCUUGUGUUUAGCUCCUUCAUAUGCAAGAAAGUUUAUGGGCAUACAUGAAGAAAUGGAGAAAAAAAAGCUAUCAAGGCUCAAUUAUUAGAUAUAUACAAACAUGUACAGUUUUGAAUGCUAACUUUUAACUUCUAUGUUAAUACAACUAUUGCGAAUACCUUUUUUUUUACUUUAACUUGCUAUUGCAUUGUGUAGGAGUGCGACUGUUUUUGAGGAGCAAUGCAUUUAAUGAUGUUGACAGUAAGCUUUAUACAUUGUCAUUGCUUCAUUUACCAGUGCUUUAUUGUUGAAAAAAAUUUUUCUUCACAGUUAAAUAAACCACUCUACACUGAGUACAAAUGUU